CCGCUUGUCAUCAAGGAUUCAUGGCAAUAUCCCGAGCGCGAUGAGGAAGGCGAUCUUCUGCGUGAGGUGACGGACAAAGGCAUUGUAAAUGUGGCCCGGUAUUAUCACCACGAAACGGUCCGGAUUCGUGAGACAGAGGAUGACAUCUGGAACAACGUUCGACGUGGUCUUGAUGUUACGGCAGCGACGAAUUACCGGCCGGGACGACAGAUACCACCAAGCAAGAUGGUAAAAGAUGACCCGCGGAAGGGCCGUCCCGGCAGCAGCAAGAAGCGGCCCUCCAGCCAAAUCGACUCCGCCUUGCCCCCAAGCAAGCGGUCCUGCUCCAUGUCUCCAACAAAGGUGCGAAGCACCCCACCCAAUCGGGUUCAUCGGCGCAUCAUUCUCCGGGAUUACGGCAAACCCAUCUACGAGGCGAGCUCUCGAUCAGCAUUGCUUGCUGCCCUGGUAUGCUGCAUUGACGCUCACGAGUCUUUGUUCAAGGCAGGCAUUCUCCAUCGAGACAUAUCCAUCAACAAUCUCAUGAUCAAUGAGGAUAGUCGCAACCCAUCCUGGCCUGCCUUCUUGAUUGAUCUUGACCUGGCCAUUCGAGAGCCAAGAGAAGGAUCCUCUGGUGCAAAGGGAAAGACUGGUACGCGGGCGUUUAUGGCAAUCGGGGCGCUGCUCGGCGAGCAGCAUUCGUUCAUGCACGACCUGGAGUCGUUUUUCUGGGUGCUUUUCUGGAUAUGCAUUCAUUAUGAUGCAGAUGGCAAAGAUGUUGGCCCGACCGGGUUUGAUAGGUGGAACUACGAGAGCGAUGACACGUUGGCUGAGCUCAAGAUGGGUGUAGUUGCUGACGAGCAAUACUUUCAUCAAAAGAUUACGGAGAGCUUCACUACACAAUACCAGCCACUAGUACCCUGGGUCAAGAAGCUACGAAGGGAAGCGAAGGCUCGCGGUAUCAGCAAGAGGGCAGCGAGGGUGCACAUAACCUCGACUGACGCCGAGGCCAACGGUAUCAUUUCAUGGUAA